ACCAGAGUGACUGAAUCCCCUUCUUCCUCUUCUUCUCCUUACAGUUUUAGAAGUGAAAAUAAAAUGGGUUACAGGACGGUAGUGAUGUACAUGGAGAUAGGCUGCUUUGUGGUGUGCGUGUCAGGGUGGAUCCUGGUGUGUUCCACCAUGCCCACAGAGAUCUGGACCUGGUCUGAGGUGGGCAGCAUUGUCCUGACUACGUCCAACUACUUCUCCAACCUGUGGAAGGAUUGUGUGUCAGAUUCCACUGGUGUGUCUGACUGCAAGGGAAUCCCUUCUUUGCUGGCACUCAACUGGGACAUUCACAUGUGCCGAGCCCUCAUCAUCACCGCCAUCAUCCUGUCCUUCUUUGGGUCGGUUCUGGUCAUGGUGGGAAUGAAGUGUACCAAAAUCGGGGGGUCUGAGCUCGCUAAAGCAAGGGUGACCUUUGCUGGGGGGAUGAAUUACUUCAUCGCAGGUUUGUGCUCCAUGACGGCUUUCUCCUACUACGGAAACAAAAUAAGAGCGGAAUUCCAAGACCCAAGCUACAGAGAACAGAAGUUUGAAAUAGGUGUCGGGGUUUUCAUCGGCUGGGCGGGUUCCACUUUGCUGGUGGUUGGAGGUCUCAUUUACAGCAUCUUCGCCGGGAUGGAGGGAUGCCAGUCAAGCUAUAAAAGCGAUCCUGCCUACAUGUUACCUGAUCCCUACUUAGCUUCGCCCCUAAAGAAGAAGGUACCUGGUGCAGAUGUUAGUGACAGCAGGAAGUCACAGAUCAGCAGCAUCAGUAGUAGUACUACUAGUAGUAGUAGUAGUACUAGAAAUAGUAGUAGUAGUAGUAGUAAGAGUGGCUCUGCAGUGACCAGCAGCACCAGAACAUCAGCCACUAACGCAUAUGUGUGAUGUCAUGGUUCAAUGUUCGCUUGUCACCCUUUGACUCUUCCUAAUCGUACCUUUAAUUAUGACUGAUCAUACAAAACCAGUGAAGUUGGCACGUUGUGUAAAUGGUAAAAAAAACAUAAUACAAUGAUUUGCAAAUCCUUUUCAACUUUUAUUCAAUUGAAUAGACUGCAAAUACAAGAUACUUAACGUUCGAACUGGUAAACUAUGUAAUUUUUUGCAAAUAUUAGCUCAUUUGGAAUUUGAUGCCUGCAACAUGUGGCAAAAAAAGACUGAGAAAGUUGAGGAAUGCUCAUCAAACACUUAUUUGGAACAUCCCACAGGUGAACAGGCUAAUUGGGAACAGGUGGGUGCCAUGAUUGGGUAUAAAAGCAGCUUCCAUGAAAUGCUCAGUCGUUCACAAACAAGGAUGGGGCUAGGGUCGCCACUUUGUGAACAAAUGCGUGAGCAAAUUGUCAAACAGUUUAAGAACAACAUUUCUCAACGAGCUAUUGCAAGGAAUUUAGGGAUUUCACCAUCUACGGUCCGUAAUAUCAUCAAAAGGUUCAGAGAAUCUGCAGAAAUCACUGCACGUAAGCGAUGAUAUGACGGACCUUCGAUCCCACAGGCGGUACUGCAUCAAAAAGCCACAUCAGUGUGUAAAGGAUAUCACCACAUGGGCUAAGGAACACUUCAGAAAACCACUGUCAGUAACAAUAGUUUGUCGCUACAUCGGUAAGUGCAAGUUAAAACUCUACUAUGCAAAGCCAAAGCCAUUUAUCAACAACACCCAGAAACACCGCCGGCUUCGCUGGGCCCGAGCUCAUCUAUGAUGGACUGAUGCAAAGUGGAAAAGUGUUCUGUGGUCUGACGAGUCCACAUAUCAAAUUUUUGAUAAUUGUUUUUGGAAAUUGGGGACGUCGUGUCCUCCGGAACAAUGAGGAAAAGAACCAUCCGGAUUGUUAUAUGCGCAAAGUUCAAAAGCCAGCUGAUGGUACCCAUGCCCAAGGCAUGGGUAACUUACACAUCUGUGAAGGCACCAUUAAUGCUGAAAGGUACAUACAGGUUUUGGAGCAACAUAUGUUGCCAUCCAAGCAACGUUAUCAUGGACGCCCCUGCUUAUUUCAGCAAGACAAUGCCAAGCCACGUGUUACAACAGCGUGGCUUCGUCGUAAAAGAGUGCGGGUACUAGACUGGCCUGCCUGUAGUCCAGACCAUUCUCCCAUUGAAAAUGUGUGGUGCAUUAUGAAGCCUAAAAUACCACAACGGAGACCCUGGACUGUUGAACAACUUAAGCUGUACAUCAAGCAAGAAUGGGAAAGAAUUCCACCUGAAAAGCUUCACAAAUUGAUCUCCUUAGUUCCCAAAUGUUUACUGAGUGUUGUUGAAAGGAAAGGCCAUGUAACACAGUGGUAAAAAUGCACCUGUGCCAACUUUUUUGCAACGUGUUGCUGCCAUUAAAUUCUAAGUUAAUGAUUAUUUGCAACAACAAAAAAAGUUUCAGAGUUGGAACAUGAAAUAUCUUGUCUUUGCAGUCUAUUCAAUUGAAUAUAAGUUAAAAAAGGAUUUGCAAAUCAUUGUAUUCUGUUUUUAUUUACCAUUUAAACAACGUGCCAACUUCACUGGUUUUGUAAUUGUUGCUUAACACACCUCACACACACCUGGUCUGCCAGAGGAUAAGAAGACGUAGCAUGAGGGAUCAGUGUUGCUCAGUUCGAACAUUAAAUAUUUUGUCUUUGCAGUCUAUUCUAUUGAAUAUAAGUUGAAAAGGAUUUGCAAAUCAUUGUAUUCUGUUUUUAUUUACAAAUUACACAACGUGCCAACUUCAAUGGUUUUUGGUUUUGUAAUAACGGUUCCCCCAGAAAUGUGCCAAUAAUAAGCAACUGUUACAAUCAUGUGUUUUCCUAAAUGUAAGAAGUCACUUAAAGAAAGGCUCUUGUUCAUGAUAAUGCAAAAUAUUUAAUAAACAAACAUUUGAAGAUACAAUAAAGUAUUGCUAUUUGGAUAUGCUUGUAUUAUCAUUAUUGUUGUUGUUGUUGUAAUGGUUCAGGUUGUUUUGAUUUUAUACAUGUGUUUCUAAUAAUGCAGAAUAAAGUGUGAUCAAAAUCAAAUAAAACACUUUAUAAUGUAUGUUAGUGCCAUUAUUGAAAUUUCAACUUAACGCGUUAUCGCGUUAACUUUGACAGCCCUAAUACUUAUAUAUAUAUAUAUAUAUAUAUACCCGGCCGAGUCAUACCAAAGACUAUAAAAAUGGGACCCAUUGCCUCCCUGCUUGGCACUCAGCAUCUAGGGUUGGAAUUGGGGGUUAAAUCACCAAAAAUGAUUCCCGGGCGUGGCCACCGCUGCUGCUCACUGCUCCCCUCACCUACCAGUGGGUGAUCAAGGGUGAUGGGUCAAAUGCAGAGAAUAAUUUCGCCAUACAUAGUGUGUGUGUGUGACAAUCAUUAGUACUUCCGAUAUCCCGAUAUUGUCCAACUCUUAAUUACAGAUACCGAUAUCAACCGAUACCGAUAUAUACAGUCGUAGA